AUGGGGUUAUUCAUUCCAACUAACAAAUUGCAUAACUUGAAGUUGUACAAGUACCAAUCGGAAGACCACUCAUUAAUCUCAAAAUACAUCUUGAAAAAAUGGUGGAACUACUUUGUGCAAAUUUUCCCACUUUCAAUGGCACCCAAUUUGAUCACAUUGCUUGGUUUGUUUUUCGUUGUUGCUAAUUUGUUGGUUGUAUUCUACUACGAUCCAUACCUAAAUACAUCUCAACCCAGUUGGUGUUAUUUCUUUUAUGCAUUUGGAUUAUUCAUGUACCAAACUUUUGACGGUUGCGACGGGUGUCAUGCGAGAAGAACGGGACAAAGUGGACCAUUGGGUGAGUUGUUUGAUCACUCCAUCGAUGCCAUAAAUACAACAUUGGGCUCUAUUGUGUUUGCAAGUGUAAUGAAGAUGGGCUACGGUGGAUUGAUGAUGUUGUCGCAAUUUGCAUCCGUGUGUAAUUUCUACACUUCGACUUGGGAAGAAUACCACACGCACAAGUUGUUUUUGUCGAAAUUUUCUGGCCCCGUGGAAGGGAUCUUGAUGCUUUGUACUGUGUACAUCAUUACUGGUUUAUUUGGACCUGAUAUUUGGGAUGCGGACUUGUUCACUUUGAAUUUGACGUCUUUGGGGUAUGGACAUUACCAAGUCAAUAGCUCGUUGAUUUAUGUUGUGCUUGGCUUGGGGUCCUUGUAUUUCAACAUCAUUUCAGCUAUGCAAAAUGUUGCUAAGUAUUAUGAAGCUAAAGAUGGCGAAGAAACCAAGAAAUCGAAAUCGGAAAUCGAUGAGGCUUAUAAAGGAUUGUACCCCUUUUUCCUUUACUAUGGAGCUGUUAUUUUGUACUGUUGGUUUUAUCCACCGGUCAUUUCGGAAUUUGGUUUACCUUUGAUUUUAUCCAUUGGUUGCACGAUUGCAUUUUCAGUAGGGAGAAUCAUUUUGGCUCACUUGACAUUCCAAGAGUUCCCAUUUAUUCAGUUUCCCAUGUUUGUUCCCCUUGGACAAUUGGUCUUGAGUAAGAUUUUGAUUGAUGUGUACAAGUAUAAUCUGGGAAAAGUGUUGAAUGCUGUGAGUUGGUUGGGUUUCGGAGUCACUUUGGGCAUCCAUGGGGUUUUCGUUGCUGAGAUUAUCACCGAAAUCACCCAAUAUUUGGACAUUUACGCCUUAUCUAUCAAGCAUAAGAAAGCUUAA